ACUACAAUAUCAUAUCUCUCUUCCUUAAUUCUCAUUCUCUUUGUUCAAGUUGUCUUUUUGGCACUAAAAUGGGAACAGGAAGUUCUCCUUGUGCUUCUUGCAAAUUGUUAAGGCGUCGUUGCGCCAAGGACUGCAUCUUUGCCCCUUACUUCCCUCCUGAUGAUCCCCACAAGUUUGCCAUUGUUCACAAGGUGUUUGGUUCUAGCAAUGUUAGCAAGAUGUUGCAGGAACUUCCAAUACAACAGAGAGCAGAUGCAGUUAGCAGUUUGGUGUAUGAAGCAAAUGCAAGAGUUAGAGACCCUGUAUAUGGAUGUGUAGGUGCCAUCUCUUUUCUACAAAAUCAAGUAUCUCAGUUACAAAUGCAAUUGGCUGUAGCCCAAGCAGAGAUACUAUGUAUCCAGAUGCAGCAAGAACCUGUUCCAAGUUUGCCAACAACUCUAAUGGAACCAGAAGAUAAAUCACCAUUUUCAACAAGUAAUAAUAACUCGAUUAAUAAUAAUAACUUCAAUAAUAAUCUGCAGCAGUACCUAAGCUUUGCAUCUUCUAGCAGUUCUAUAAUGCAAGACCCUGUAAAGAGAGAGUCUCUCUGGACAUAAACUAAUUAUAAUAGCUAGCUCUUGGUAAUUUUGUUAUGUUGUUAAUGU